UCCAAGAAAAAUACGAAGGGAAUGCAUCAUAACUGACAGGUAAUCCCUUCGGGGGAUUUAGCCGUGAGUCUAUCAAAACUCCGCCAAAGAAAAAGCUGAAGAGGUUGCCGUUCCCAGUUUCAUUCCGUGUAGACGAACACUAAAGGUGUACUUUCAUUUUUAUCAUGAUCUUUUAACGCAGUAAAAAAAAAAACAAUUCAAUCAAUGAUGAAAUCUGCAUCCGUGGUGUUUUGUUGGCUGUUAGUGGCGAGUGUCGGUUGCUAUGUCCUUUAUUUAGCGCGUUCACCUACAGUUGUCAACUGGUACACAAUUGACGUCGAAACAAUGAAACACCUUGACAUGCUUGAGUACAUUCAAUGGACUAAUAACGCCACCAGUUGCAAAGUGGAACAAGAUUUCGGUGGUAACGUUGACGGUAAGAAAUGUGUCUGCUUAGAUCCGCAAGUUCGUCCAGAACCCGGGAAUUGCCUCGUGUAUUCAUUUGGCGUCAAUCACGAAUGGACGUUUGACGAAGCAAUGGCUAGCUACGGAUGUCAAGUUUACGCAUUCGAUCCCAUGGUCAAACAAAGUUACAAUCGAUCAGAUAACAUUCACGUUUACAACUACGGGCUGAGCUUCAAAACUGAAAUUUCGGUGCAAAACUGGACGGUUAUGCCUUUAAAGAAACUCUACAAGAUGAUGGUGCCUGUGCACGGACGGAUGCCCAUAAGCUACCUCAAAUACGACAUGGAAGAUGGAAAUUUGCGGGUUGUGCCAGACAUUGUUCAAACAGGCAUGCUGGCGAACGUUCGCCAGUUGGCCUUGGAGGUACACAUUGAGCCUGAAGGAAAGAUCGAAGACUUCCGUGAUAUGGUAGAAGUCUUACAGGCUGUGGAAGAGCUGGGAAUGGUCCGCUUCGCCUCCAACGGUAUUCCUUCAUCUCACGACUGGUAUGAACCUUUAGAGUAUGAGGGAUACUUGGAUUACGACAUCGUUUGGUACAACGGUGCCCUGAUUCCAGAAAUAAGUUAGUCCGAGUACAGAAAAAAAUAAAUUAUUAGCUCAAAGAAUCAAAUGCUCGUCUACUACUUUCACUUCAAUCUUAACCGUACGUGGCAACUCAAAAAAAGACUGCUGAGAGACAGAGGGUUGAUU